UUUAUAAUACCAGCUUGCCAUACUUUUCUUUAGUAUUUUUUACUCAAUUGGUUAAAUACCAAAGCUUGGGCACACUGGUCGAAAAGUGGUCACUUUUUUGUUUACGUUUGAAUAAAAAUUCAUUUUCCCUAAAAAAAAUAUAAUUUAACAAACACAAUGGCCAACGGCGACUGGAUGCCUUUGUUAUUCUGUGGCCUUUCCAUACCUAUCUCCAUAUUCAUGUGGUUGGGCAACGUGGCAUUCUCUAAAUUCUGGAGCUACGACUUUGAAGAGCCUUUGGUCAUAGCGCCGACUCGUUGGUUAUUUUCUACAUUGGCGCCGCUGGCGUUGAUGACUGUGGCGCUCCGUCGCCGCUCGGUAAGCAAAUCGGGUGCCGCUUUGGGCGUGGUCGUUGCGUUCACGCUGUCCAUAGCGAGUCAUCCGUUCUUUGCCAGUCUGGUAGUUUUCUUCUUUAGCUCAUCUCGGGCGACCAAGUUUCGUGCGCAAUUGAAACGCAAAUUCGAGCACGACUUCAAGGAAGGCGAAGGACAACGCAAUUGGGUGCAAGUGCUGUGCAAUGGAGGCAUGGCCACUCAGCUGGCAUUGCUCUACCUGAUUGACUGCGGCAGUGGAGAGCGUUCCAUUGACUUCGCCAAGGAGUAUCGCUCAAGUUGGCUGGGCAUUGCCGUGAUGAGCGCGUUUGCCUGUUGCAAUGGUGACACGUGGAGCAGUGAGCUGGGUAGUGUGCUUUCCUCAAGUGAUCCCAUCUCUAUCAUCAGCUGGCGACGGGUGCCACGUGGCACGAAUGGUGGAGUUUCGCUCAUUGGCAUCGUGGUAAGCCUCCUGGGCGGCUUGCUCGUUGGAUUUGCCUAUUUUGCCACCGUCCGCUAUACGGUUGAGGCCAAAAUGCUGCUCGUCAGUCCCCCGCAGUGGCCUAUCAUCUUUUUUGGCGGCUUAGCGGGACUCUUUGGCUCGCUGCUCGACUCAGUACUGGGCGGAUUGUUGCAGUUCUCCGGCAUUAAUGCACAUGGUAAGAUUGUGGAUGCGCCCGGCAAAGGUGUGCGUCAUGUUAGUGGACUGCGCAUCCUGGACAACCACAGCGUCAAUCUUAUCUCAACCAUUGUCAUUGGUGUCACCAUGCCGCUGCUGGCUCUCAAGUUUUGGCCGGUGCGCUAAGAGCGUCUCUGCCUAAAUAUUGGACACUCUGAAAUGUUUCCUUGUAUACAUAAGAGCGCCUAUUUUUGUAAUGCUUCAAGCUCAAAGCAAACAAACUGACUUUAAUGUAUGUAAUGCAAACGAUAGACUCAAACAAAGCGAUAAGGGCAAUUGCACUGGUAAUCCUACUCUUAGCUUAAGAACAACCACAUUCGUGUACAAUUGUUACAUCCCAGAAUAUUAUUGUUUGUAAAAGGCAAGGCUGAGUUUAUACCGAAGAGUUUGAUAUCUUUAUCUCAUAUUGAGUUGCAAGUUGAUAAUUAAAGCCAGCCUUACCUUCAUCUAAUACAUAUCAGGCAGCUACAAAAAAUGUGUUAACUAAACGUGUAAUCAUAGUGGCAAUUGGAUACUAAGUACAUGUUUUAUUUCACUUUUAUCUUUUGCAACUUUGUUGGUAGUAUAUUUCGAAUGAGUAAAUGCUUUCAAAUGUUUUGUUUUUUAUCUACCCUUUAAGCUUUAAAAUAGCCCUCUGACUCUGUUAGUUUUUUUAAGAUUUUCGAU